AUGGUGACUAUGUAUAGCCCAGAUACAAAUUCCAUCAUCAAGGCCUUAUCUGACAGCUUACACAUAAAUUCCACAGCCCCUUCACAAAUUUCAAGAAAAAGGCGAAUAAAGAAAAGCCACCUUUUAGAAAUAAGCAAAUCUGCAAGCCAGUCUGAAGACGAUUUAGAGCUAUCUGCCUGCAUGCUAUCAUGAUUUUGCUCACUGGCUGUCCCAUCUAGACUUAAUGUUCUUUCUCUUCAAAAUAGCUUCACUUCUACUUUUAUCCGUCAAAUGUAUAUAAAAAAGCUCACCGAAGGAGAUUAUGAAUUUGCAAUGGUUGAUAAUAUACCAAAACAAUAUGAUCAAGAAAUCACAGAAGAUCAUUUUUUGUUUCGCAGAAAACCAUUUGAAGGCUAUUCAUAUACAGAUCCAAAAUUCCAGGCUGAAAAAAAUUUCGAACAGAUUAUUCGGCUUACGGACACAGAAGAAUAUUUAGACACUCUGACUGUAGACCCAGAAAUGGCCAAAUACCCAGAAAAACUAAUCGAUCUUAUUAAGUCUAUAUCAAAUAAACAAGCAUUUAUCGUCCCUUGCCGCUGCUUUUGAGAUAGCUCUUUGAAAAGAUGAAUGUGGGAAUAUCCAUCUUGGUUUUCUUCCACUUCUUAUAACUCUUUAGCAUCGUGGGUUUCUGCGGGCUUUGAAAGGGCAAUUUGAAUGAAAUAUUGGAUGCUUAAUGGCCUUGAUCCUAGAAAACAAGGAGAAACCCAAAAUUUUGUUGCUGAGGAAGCUGUAGGAGAAGACAGCCAGCAAAAUCAACUGAGACUUACUGAGUUUAUUGGGCAGCUAAAUGACAAAACUAAAUUUUCUGUUGUAGGGGAAAUAGAUGAGCUUACAAAAAUUUUUGUUGCAGUAAAAUCAGAGCUAGCUAAUUUAAGCAAAGACCAAAUUAAUACGUGGGCUUAUCCGCAGAUUGCAAGAUUCCCAUAUUUUAAUUCAAUGGCAACUGGGAUUUUUGCAUAUUGCAAUCCUCUUAUGGGAGGAUUUCAUAUAAAUGCAUUGAGAAAUAAAAUCCAGUACUAUCAAACUGCUAAAAGCGUAGAAAUUAUUAUUCAAAAGCUUCAGUCAGACACUCCAGAGAAAUUUAUUGAAUUUUUAUCAAGUUCACCUCUUGACAGAGCUGUCACUUAUCUAGACAUCGUCACAAGAAAAGUUUUGCUUCGCAUAAAAAGUGCUUUAACAGAAAAAAAUGCUGAAGAUUUGCUUAAAUUAGAAGAAAACCAAACAGUCAAAGGGAAAAAAAGUGAUGAAAACAAGAAGAAAAAGAAAAAAAAGAAAAAACAUAAUAAGGCUAAGCAGCAGCAAAAUGCUCAGACAAUAGAGCAAACAGAGCAAGCAGAAAAGGCUGAGAAAAGUGAUAGAGAAGACGAAGAAUCUGAAGUAGUGAAAAAUCUUUUGGAAAAUAUUAUGGAGACUUUAUACGCACAAAUCCAAAAAAUUGAAUUAAAUUCGAAUUCUGCUUCAAAUGAUUCAGAAGAUACACAGGUUACCGAUGAGCCUCUUGAAUUCAAAGAGGCCCACAUGGAUGAAUCACAAAAAGAAGAGUUUAAAAGAGUUGAAAUCCAUAAGAAAAAAGCUAAGAAACAGCAGCAACCAAAAUACAAAAAAAAUAACCACAAGCGACCUAAUACUACAAAACCUAAUUGUCAGUCUUCCGAAAACAAAUACAAUAAAUCUUCCCCCAAAAACAAGCAGCAAUCUCCUAAGAAGAAUUUCCAAUGGCAAUCUCCAACAACCACGGCUCAAUCAGCCACUCUUUCCAGCGACAUUGAGUUCCCUCCUCUUACUUCUUCUUGCAUCAGCCCCAAAGUAAAACACAAACUCCACCAAGAAAUCAUAAAAUUCGGCAAAGAAAUCACAAAAUUCACCAACGCGAAAUCCCCAGUCAUUUAUACCUUAAUGAAUAACCUCAAUGAAUGGGCAUGAAAAAUGUUCCCAGUUGCCACUGUUCAGCUUUUUGGGUCAUAUGGAAGUGGAUUAGCCUUAGAUGAUAGCGAUAUUGACCUAGCCAUCACAAAUGUAGGCUUAUUUGACAGAGCAAGUAUCCAGCAAGCAUGUGCACAGCUUGGAGAAUCUCUUAUGUAUACCCCUUGGGUUUCUAAAUGCACAGCCAUUACAACGGCGACUAUUCCAGUUGUAAAACUUGAAGUAAACCCUAAAUAUUUAUGCGAAGACCAAGAAGAAGGGAGAAUAAUGGUCGAUGUCACUUUUGAUGAUUCCUAUGAUACAAAUAUGGGGACUCAUUUAGGGCUGUCUUCACUUAUGAUGACACAAAGUCUUGUAGGAAAUUAUCCACAUUUCAGAGAAAUUGCGCUUGUUUUGAAGAAAUUGCUAUAUUCCCAUUCAUUAAACUCACUUUAUCAUGGUAAACUAAUAUUCAGGAGGUUUGAGUUCUUAUAGUUUGACGCUGUGGAUUGCUGCAUAUAUGAAUAGCUCAGGGUUGAAAGAAGAUUUAGGGGAAACUUUGCUAGGAUUUCUCGAUUUCUUUGGAAAUACACUAAGAAAGCUAAAUUAAAAAAACAAAAAUUUAUAAAUUAAAAAAAUAAUAAUUUAAUUUAAAUUGCAUAAAUUCGAUCCAAAGAAAACAGGAAUUAAUGUCAUCAACGGAGGGUAAAUUUUAUUUAGCGCAUUUUACAGCCUGCAAGAAAACAAUUAUGAAAUCACAGUUACAAUUGACCCGAUUAAUCUAGAAAAUAAUACAACAAGAUCUUCAUAUAGGAUACAGGAAGUUUUAAAACUCUUUUCCUGGGCUCAUAGCAAGCUAGAAGAAUUGACAAGAGCUGGAAACUCAAAAGAAAUACUUAAACAGAUAUUUAAAGGAUAA